AUGGCAGUUGAUGUUUCUGAACCUUUUAUAAGUCCAAGAAUCUCUUUCUCCUAUGAUCUCAACAACCAAUCAUCCGACACCAUCACCGCCUCCACCACCACCACAGCAGCUACCGCCGUCACCAACACCUUCGAAUUUUGCAUCACCUUGAACCUUCUGCAACAAAUCACCUCCGCAGACGAGCUAUUCUACGACGGAGUACUCCUCCCUACACAAAUCAAAAAACCCGAAAACCUUCUUCCCAAACCCAAAACACCACUACCAGAAAAUAAAGCCAUGCACGUACAUAGAAAACGUCUGAAAGAGCUUCUAUCUGACAAUGACGACGAACAACACAAACAAGAGAAAUCUUCAUCGACAUCGUUUUGGAAGUUUGCACGAAGCACAAGUUUGAACUCUGAGAAUGGUAGAGGCCCAAAAAGGUUAUUCCGUUCUUUAUCGUUAAAACGACUGUUACAGAGUAAUUCAACUGAUUCUGCAUUGAAUCCGAGGGAAAACGAUGCUCCGGUGCGUAUAGGGAAGUUGAAUUCAGGCAAAGAGCCGGCAAUGGUACGGAUACAUCAUAGUUGUCAGGGAGAUAAUUCUUGUCGGAGGUCGGCAACGAAGAAGAACUCCGGUGAUGUGAAUAAAGUUAAUCCUAUAUUGAACAUUCCACCAGCUUAUAAUAUGAACUUGUUCGGGUCUGGUUCAUUGUUCUGUAAGCCCAAAAGCAAAACCAGAUAA